GCUCGGAGCUAGAGGCUUCCCGGAGCGACGGCGCGGCUGUCUGUGUGGCCCGAAAGCCCAGGGCCGCCGCGGCCGCCGCCAGGGUAGCGAAGUGAGGCGGCGGCUGCGCCCCGCAUCAUGGAGGGCAGCCCAGCCCCAGCCCCAGCCCGGGUCGCCACCGACCUCCGCCGCCGCCCGCGACCCAUCUGCCAGCUCCCGCUGCUGCUCUUCGGGCGCUGUCCCCUCCUCACCUGGAAGCCAACAUGAAGGAGACCCGGGGCCACGGGAGCGCCCCUUUCUGCACCCGUCUCAACCACUCCUACCCGGGCAUGUGGGCGCCCGAGCGCUCCGCCGAGACGCAGGGCAACCUCACGCGCCCCCCGGGGCCCGGGGAGGAUUGCAGCUCGGUGUCCGUCGUUUUCCCGAUCACCAUGAUGAUCACCGGCUUCGUGGGCAACGCGCUGGCCAUGCUUCUCGUGUCGCGGAGCUACCGGCGCCGGGAGAGCAAGCGCAAGAAGUCGUUCCUGCUGUGCAUCGGCUGGCUCGCGCUCACCGACCUGGUCGGGCAGCUGCUCACCAGCCCGGUGGUCAUCGUCGUGUACCUGUCCCAGCAGCGCUGGGAGCACCUCGACCCGUCGGGGAGGCUAUGCACCUUCUUCGGGCUGACUAUGACUGUCUUUGGGCUCUCCUCGCUCUUCAUCGCCAGCGCCAUGGCCGUCGAGCGGGCGCUGGCCAUCCGGGCGCCGCACUGGUACGCGAGCCACAUGAAGACGAGCGCCACCCGCGCCGUGCUGCUCGGUGUGUGGCUGGCCGUGCUCGCCUUCGCCCUGUUGCCGGUGCUGGGCGUGGGCCAGUACACCAUCCAGUGGCCCGGGACGUGGUGCUUCAUUAGCACCGGGGGAGGGGGCAACGGAACUAGCUCUCCGCGCAAGUGGGACAACCUUUUCUUCGCCUCCACCUUUGCCUUCCUGGGGCUCUCGUCGCUGGCCGUCACCUUCGCCUGCAACCUGGCCACCAUUAAGGCCCUGGUGUCCCGCUGCCGGGCUAAGGCCACGGCGUCGCAGUCCAGCGCCCAGUGGGGCCGGAUCACGACCGAGACGGCCAUCCAGCUCAUGGGGAUCAUGUGCGUGCUGUCGGUCUGCUGGUCGCCAUUGCUGAUAAUGAUGUUGAAGAUGAUCUUCAAUCAGACAUCAGUUGAGCACUGCAAGAUGCAAACAGAGAAGCAGAAAGAAUGCAACUUCUUCUUAAUAGCUGUUCGCCUGGCGUCACUGAACCAGAUCUUGGAUCCCUGGGUUUAUCUGCUGCUAAGAAAGAUCCUUCUUCGAAAGUUUUGCCAGAUCAGGCACCACACAAACAACUAUGCAUCCAGCUCCACCACCUUACCCCACCAGUGCUCCUCAACCUUGAUGUGGAGUGACCUUUCUGAAAGACAAUGAAAGAACGGAGUUGGACUUUUUAUUGCAAUUCCUGCUUCCCUGAGUUUGUGUAGUUCUCCCCAUCUGAGAAGGAGAAUUUUAUAUUUUGAUUUUGAUUGUUUCUUCAUUUUCAUCUUUUUUCAUUUUAAUGUUUUUUCUUGUCAGUAAUACCCACUGAGACCAGGUUUAUUAUGAUAAUCUGUGCCUCUGUGUGUUAAAUUGGCUUCUUGGACUGGAUUUUGAGAAUGUAUUUCAAAAGUUGGGCAGGAUUUCACACAUGAUGAUUGGUGGAAAAAGUGAGAAAGAGAAAAACCCAUCUCCCAGGAGUUUUCCCCCAACAUCAAACCUUUACCUGAAACUCAACUGAUGUGGACAUCUUUACAUUUUAUGUUGGUUUUGAUUUUACA